UGCGCUUUCCUGGACCUGUGUCCCCGCAGGGCUGCCGUAGACAGCGGCUCGGCCCGCCUCCAGCUCAAAUGUUUGGAUGUCAUGAUUAGGUGGAAGGAGGAAAUCACAGGUCGUCUGGGGACAGCUUAAACAGACUCUGACCCUUUAAGUUUAAGUUAACUUUUGGCGAAGUGAUGUCCGACCUCGGUUGUUCGUGGUGAGUUCACGGGCACUAGCUUACACCGGGAACAUGGCUUUGUUGCGUUCAAAGUCUGCGCUGUUGUGGUUCCUGAUUGUUGUGGCAGCUCAUAUCGCUGAAACAGGAGGGAGACCGAGGCGCCAGGUGUUGCUGACCGAAGGUGACAGCACGGUGAGUUUGAGAUCUCGGCAACCUCCCGCAGGGCCGGAGCCCGGUGACCCAGCGGACGCGUUCAAAGUACCAACUCUGGAUGGGGAGUUUUCCUUCCAGCCCGACGCUUUGAGGGGACCUCUGGUGAUCCACGCCUUCACCAACAACUCAGGGUUUCUGGAGUGCCUUUGGAGCUCAGAGUCUUCGCUAAAAAGUCUCGUGGAGGAACUUCCGAACAGCACACAAGUGCUCUUCCUAUCCCUGGACGACUCUGUGGUCAAUGAUGUUCUCUGGAUGCGGGAGCAGGUGCUGCGGGCUGCCGCCCACAGUAAAAAGGAGGUUCUGUCCAGGCUGCACUUCUCUCCGGUGCCCGUCUUUGCUCUGGGUAACUGGAUCCCCAGAGUGCUUUACUACUGGAGCUGCAUGGGACACGGCUGUGGUCUUUCCCAGGCUGCUUUCAUCUCAGAGGAGUGGAAGAUGCCUGUGAUCAUUAAAAGACUAGAUGCCAGAUAUGACUGGCUCAUGGCACGCUGGGGCUCAAAGUCCUAUACAGUGAUUGAUGCUGGAGAUGGGUGUGAAACCUUCCCCUCGGUGGCAGGUGCUGUGGCCUGGGUGUCUGAAGGCAACUGUUCUUUCUUCACUAAGGUUCAGAGCAUGGCCAAGUCCAAUGCCUCCGGUGUCCUCGUCUAUACCCUCCCUGGAAAUCCACUCCAGGAUAUGAACUGUGUUGGGGAUGAGUGUUUCUCGCUGCUCAGCAUCCCAGCUGCCAUGGUGCAUCAGGACCCUGCGGUCGCUCAGACGCUCCGGUUUGGAAAGCUGGUCAAUGUGUCGUUCCAGAACACCCCGUCCCCAAAUUUCUUCAUCAGCAUUGACAAACAGGGGUUGCUGGCUGAGAUGGGCUGGUUCCUCUACCCCACGUUCAGCUUUGUUAACUGGCAGGCCCAGUGGUUUGAUUUCUUUGCUGAUCUGCAGACUAAACUCCAGAAUCCUGCAAAAGUUGUUUCUGUCUUUGAUAAAGUCCAAAUGCAAGGGGACAAAGGAGCCGUGGCCACAGUCGACCUGUCUAUAGGUAUCGGGCGCUGGCUGACGGAUGUGUCCCCUCUGAUCCCCCUGCUGGACAGCAAUAAAUGCACCUUCACUAUGAAGACGGUGCCUUGGGCGAUGCCUUGGAUUGUUUCCCUCAAUCUGAGGUUCAGUGGCACCAAUCAGACAGGAAACUCUGUGGAGAGCUUUCAUCCCUUUAAAGUGAUGUCACUGUACGAUGGAGGAACCUUUGACAAAAAUUACAACAAGAGGUACCAGCCAAUCAAAUUCACUGUCCCAGCGUCCACCAAAAAGGUGGAGCUGUACGCUGUCAUCACAGGACACGGCAGCGACGAGAACGGCUGCGGAGAAUUUUGUGUCACCUCCCACCAUUUCGUGAUCAACGCUGCUUAUAACAACACCCACGUAUUUGAUUCUGCAGGAACGGCUCUGGGCUGUGCAAUGCGCGUCAAAGAGGGCGCUGUACCGAACGAACACGGCACAUGGCUGUACGGCCGUGGAGGCUGGUGUGAUGGACUACAGGUGAAUCCGUGGAGGGUUGACGUCACCAAACAGCUCAACAUGAGCAGGUCUGAAUCCAACACUGUCGUCUACUUUGGCUUGUUCAACGGACGGGAUCCAAACCCAGCGCAGCAGCCAGGAUACAUCAUCAUGACUUCUUCCCUCGUCUUCUACAAGUGAUCCCGCUCUUUUUAAAAACUCUCCUGUGAAUUUCGAUCUGAAUGAAUGUACAGUCAGUGUAACGAUUAAAAUGUUUUUUAAAAAUUU